ACUUGAAAUAAAUUAUUUAUUUAUUUUAUUUAAUUUAUGUAUAAUCUAUUUUGAUUAUUGAUUAUACGAAGUAGGACGUUUACAAGUUAAAAAUAUGUAGAAGCACAUUAAAAGAACGAAGAAAUGCAUUAACAAUUCGCGAUUAUUUUACUCGGGGAUUUCCUACGUGUCGAACGUGACGUGCCUCUUAUCUCACUUCUGCUACUCUCUCUCUCUCUCUCUCUUUUCCUCCGUUCCUAUUAUCAUCAUCUUUGUUUAUUAUGUUUAUUUAUUGUCCGCGAUCGAAGAAAGAGGAGUCGAAAGAGAACUCGCGCAUUGUCAAUAUUUGGAUUGAGCUGAGCGUUGUGUUCAUUAGUAAGAAUCAUUGCGAAAAGUCAACGGAACGUAUACAUUCGUUUUUUCAAUUUUCUGCCUUCUGCAAUUAUAUUUAUUAUACAGAUACUGAUCUUAGCAUUUCGUAUAAUAAGAGAAAAAAAGUAAAGAAAUAAAUAACAAAAUUGAAAUAAAAUUUUUCAGAAAAUGAAAAAAUUGUCGGCGCAAUAACACGUGUCGUUUAUCGCACGUUCGAAACUUUGAAGGUUCGACGAAACUAUUCGAUAAUUAUUCGGUAUGCGUUGAAGCGACGAUAGCGCGGCAGUUAUGUGACCCAGUUUUCAAAGAGGAAGCUAGAAAGAGAGAAAGAGAGAGAAAGAGCCAGGCGACAUUGCGAUCGACCAAACAGUCGGUGCGAAUAAACUCGUGCACCGACUAAACUCACGAUCGGACCGGAUACAGUUCAGACAUCUCACGACGACAGUUUCGUUCGUACCCUUCGACUUUCUUACAUUUUUCUUAAUUCGUUGAUUUUUCUGUUCGAGGACGAGGUCUUGAUCCUUGAGACUCGUGAUUCGUAUAUUCGAGAGUUACCUCUGAGAAUAUUUUCUACUUACAUCUGCGACCCAUCGCGAUAAUCUCGAGCAACACAUUAUCAACAAUAGUUCCUCUCAGACGGCGUAAAAAUCAAAAAAGGUAGAAGGAAAAAAAGAAAACUUGUCUCGAAUGAUAUCGAGUUGGAUACCUCGUUAGAAGAGUCCAUAUACGACGAGUACGAAGAGGAUUCUAAAAUUGCUAUCAAGUGGGAAUAUCCAAAGCCAAGAAUAAUUCCUCGUGCUUCUGUUCUAAUACGAGAAUGGAUAGACGAACAGGUACAUUGCGUUCUCCACAAGUUUUACAAAGAGGGCUGAUUAAUAUGAAAUCUCUAGUUAUCGUAACCGAUCGCUUUAGUUAAGCAGUUUGCCUGAAAAACGAAGAAAGAUGACUAAAAAGGCAAGAAGAGCUUUGCAAAAGAAGCAAGCAGUGGCAGCUGCCGAGGAGGCCGAAAGAAUAAGAUUGCAAUUGAUAAAGGAUAUUCAAGAAGAAAUUCACUUGGAGAAAUACAAAGCCGAACAGGAAAUUCUAUUGGAGGAGAGCCAAACGGCUAUGCGAAAAAUCCAAUUGGAGGAGACGUGGUUCGUGACUUACGAAAAUAAAAAGGCGUUUAUGGAUCACGUUCUUGCCGCCGAGAAAAUGGAAAACUGGAUUAUGUACUUAACGUGUGAAAAUUUACCAGACGUCGCUGAAUUGUCCGAUAUGAAUACAUUCAUAUUCCUUUGGUCGUUAGAGGACGAAGACGUAAACAUGGAACUGGUUGUGGAAAAAAACGAAGUCGUACAAUACUUAUUGCUGCAGCUUCAUAAAAUCAUCAAUUUCUCAUUAACGAGAUCUAUCGAUUACAUAGAAGAAUGUAAAAUGGUUAGGCAAAGUUUUAGGACGAAGUUGCAAAAUUGGAUAGACCAAGCUUGUUAUCGGCUUUUACGUCAGAUCGAGAGAGAUAUGCUUAGAGUGGAUCUGAAGAACGCGACUUAUGUCAAAAUAACGAAGCAUCUCAUUUGUUGCGUAUGGGCUUUGAUUAAACUACCGAUCAGUAUUAAAGAAAUUCCUGAAAAAGAAAGAAAAUCGAUCGAGAUUCACUUCGAGGAAAUAAAUCUGACGAUAAAGAUACCACCGGACAUUGAUUGCUACUGUAUGGCUGUCCGUGGACUGUGGCUCGAUUACGAUCAUUAUUCAGACAUUGCGACGUCUUACGUUAUGCCGGAAAUACCAGAGGAAUAUCGAAUGAAUAUGGAUCUUAUCACUUUUUGCUCCGAGGAAUACGAAACGAAACGAAAAAUACGCGAUGAACAAGUCGAGGGACGUCGUUUGAGGAUGGAAGAGAAAAAAGCUAUGCUAUGGAAAAUGGAGAAUCCGGCACCGGUGGUGCCGGUAAAGUUAGAUAAGAAAGGAAGAAAAACCGGUAGUCAAUAUGGCCGGAUAAAGAGACCGGAAUCGGAACAGGAAAUAGAACCGCUCCCGUAUUUACCGACUCCGAACGAAAUCAUUUUGUUCAAAGAAGAGGAAUUAAGGAAGGAACUUAGAAAGUUGUUGUUUACCAAAUGCGAAAAGACGGAAGUAAAUCUACGAAAGUACAAAAUCUUAGGUGGUAUCUAUCACAUAGAUCUCCUUUAUCAGCCGCCUCAGCCUAAGGACAUGCGAAGAGAUAUAUUUCUUACCACUCUGCAAAUUCCGAAAGAACUGAAGCACGUACCGUUUUACAAACCGUACAAGGCACCACCGCCGGUACCGCCUACCGAGAGAACACCGGAAGUGAUCGAGAAUGAGAUGAAGGCUUUGGAAACUGCAAUGGAGGCUCUCGUAUUGGUUACGUUAAAAUUACCGGAUACGGUUUUAUGGUUCGAACCACCGUUGGUGGCUCAUUGGAUUUCUGAGAAAAAUAUUUGGUCGACCCAAGACAUCCAUGACAUAAAGUUCAACGAAGAUAAACAACAGAUCACAUUCCGCACCGGGAGAUUUGGAAUUCAUGGCCUGGCGGCAUAUAAACUGAUCAAUUUGCCAUUUCAAAGUUGGGAACUUAGGCCAGAAAUGGGAAGGAAUAGUGGCGGUGGAGUAACUCUUAACAUAACAGCUGCUACAGUUCAAGCGGAAUUUGUUGUCAGGGAGGAUUCGGUAUGUUUGAAUUCGUUGGUCGGAGGCACCUCGUCGGCGCUUCAAAAUAUCGUUGGCAUAUAUAUGAAAUUGAACUUUUUAAUAGACAAAAUGCGAGAAGGUGGCUGCGAUUUAUUUCCGGAACGAGAUGCGGCGAGUUACAUAAAAGGACUUUCCGUGAAGCAUCCAGUAGCCCAGAAACACUUGCAAGAAUGCAUAGGUCUAUUGUGUAUGGCUUAUACAUUUUCCUGGUCUAGGUGGAACGUGAAGAGAUGUUCGCGUGAAAUCGUCCUGCAAUUUAAAGAACUUCAUGGAUGCGUCGCCAAAGAGCGUACCAAUAUCACACUUUUAGUGACGCCUUCUCAAACGAUUGCUGUUCAAUGUACCGAGAUCAGCCCAGAAUUUUCCAAUGUUCCUAUAGAUGGCGAUAGUGCGAAGUUUUACGCCGAUCUAUAUCAUUUGGCAUUGCACAAUGCUGGAAUUAAAAGUCGUCUGCUGAUAAAAGAUAUCUCCUACAAGCUUGCUCUAACGGUCACAAGAUUGCUAAAAAGUACUAACGUGAUAAGUAUGUCGUCCUAAAACUCUCUUUUAUCUUCUAUUAGCCUAUAUUAACUUUAUCGCCGACGAGAAUCACCGAACAAAGGAAAA